GACGCUUUAUGUCCACCUGACGGCAACGUUCUUCCUCUGGCACCGAUACUACAUCUGGACAUACGAGAGCAAGCUGGAGUCAGAGUGCGGCUACAACGGUACGCUCAUCGCCUUUGAGACACAUUCAAACACCAAAGUGAGAGAAGCACGACUAACACUACGCCAGGAUCCUUCCCCUACUGGGAAUGGGGCUUUGACACGGCCAACCUCUCCGCGAGCCCCGUCUUCGACGGCUCCGCAAGCUCAAUGGGCAGCGACGGCGUCCCGACCCCUCACCAAGGGCUCGUUCUCGUCAACGCGUGGGAUAACACCACAACAGUACUCCCCGCCGGCACAGGCGGCGGCUGCCUGGCUUCGACAUCGGCGCCCUUUGCCAACCAGACGGUCCACCUCGGCCCGCAGGCCAUGCCGGACUAUGGCAACGUCACCUCCUACAACUCGGCCACGCCCACCGACGACAACCCGCGCUGCCUGCGUCGCGACCUCAACGUCUAUCCGCUCCAGCGCUGGGCCAGCCUCCGCAACACGACGGAUCUGGUCCAUGACGCCGAGGACAUUGAGAGGUUCCAGGCGGUCGCUCAGGGGGACUCGCGGUACGUCGGGACGGGCCAGCUGGGUGUCCACGGGGGCGGACACUAUGCGCUAGGAGGGGACCCUUCGAGCGACGUCUAUCUCAGCCCCGGUGAUCCCGUGUUCUACCUUCAUCACGCUCAGAUGGACCGUCUCUACUGGAUCUGGCAGAACUUGGACUGGCAGAAUCGUCAGACCAUCUUCGGUACCAACACCACCAUGAACCAGCCAGCUAGCGCCAAUGCGACGCUCGACGAUCUGAUGUACAUGGGACCUCUGGGCGCCGAACUGUCCCUUCGCGAUGCCAUGGAUACCGUAAACGGCCCCUUCUGCUACGUAUACGCAUCGGACUGAGGAAAAGGCUCUACGCGAGGUUGGCUUUGGAAGGCAUCGAGUCGGUUUGUGUUGACAAGUCGCGAUAUGGCAUCAUCUCAUUUUCUCAUAGUAGCGGCGCAUGUAUGUAAGAUAGACAAAGAUAAUAGAGAAGAGACUAUUGAUCAUCGU